AAGUACGGUCAGCAUGUCAAACCUCAAAUGUGAAAGAAAACGUAAAAUAAUUCAUAGCGAGGGACGCGCCAUUAUUGCCCGCGUGUACCACUUUCUUCAAGAAGAGUAUAAUUUUAUGAAAGCGAACAAUAUGGAUCAUUGCGAUUUGAGCCCUUUGGCUAAUAUACGGAAACGUACCGCUGAAGCUACAGGGUUUAGUGAACGAACUGUAACUACAAUUUUAAAAGAAGAAAAAGAGCUGCCAUCUUCUUCUGCAAGUUUUACUUCACCUAUGAAAAAACGACGCAAGAGAAAUAAUAAAUUUAAUUUAGCCAACAUGAGCCUUGAAAUCAUUCGAACUACUGUGCAAAAUUUCCAUAUUGUAGAAAAGCAAUUACUAACAUUAUCAAAAUUGCGAUCAGUUUUGAGCGAAAAGAUUGGGUUUGAUGGAUGCUUAAACACAUUACGUUCGAUAUUAAAGAAAUUAGGCUACAAAUGGAGAAAAAUUGGGAACAACAGAGAAGCAUUACAAGAAAGACAUGAAAUUCAACUUUGGCGUUUAAAUUUUUUAAAAAAGAUCUUUCAAUACCGUUCGGAAGGUCGUCCUAUUGUAUACACUGACGAAACAUAUGUUUUGACUUCUCACGUGCGGCAAAACACCUGGUUGCGUCAAAACAAUGACCUCAAAGGCAAUAAACAGUUUUCAAAGAAACUGAGCACAGGAAGCCGCUUUAUUGUAGUGCAUGCAGGCAGCAGCGACGGUUUUGUGCCUAAUGCUUCGCUAGUCUACAAAGCUGCAUCUACAUCAGGAGAUUAUCACUCAAAUAUGAAUCAUGAUAAUUAUACAAAAUGGCUUAAUGAAAAGUUAUUGCCAAACUUACCUGAGAAGUCAGUUAUUGUUAUGGACAACGCUUCUUAUCAUAAUACUCGGAGCAGCAAAAUACCGACCUCUAAUUCCAGUAAAGGGGAAAUGCAAAAGUGGCUGACAGAGAAUGGCAUCUCAUUUGAUAAUCGUUUUAAAAAAGUAGAACUGUAUGAUUUAAUUAAAAAGAACAAGGACCGUUUUAUAACAUUUAAAAUAGAUGACUUUAUAAGAAAAAAAGGUUUCGAAAUCUUAAGACUCCCUCCGUAUCACCCAGAGCUUAACCCGAUUGAAAAUAUAUGGGGUAUUAUAAAAAACCAAAUUGCCUCAAAAAUUAUAGGCCAAACCAUGACCGUUGUUCAAAGUUUAAUAGAUGAGUGCAUAAAUAAUAUAGACCAAAUCACCUGGCGAAAUACAUGCAAGCACGUUGAAAAAAUUGAAAAAGACUACAUGAAAUAUUUCGACUAUGAUUUCCAGUUUAUUAUAAAUGUGAGUGAAGAUGAUGACAGCGACAAUGAAAGUGAAAAUGAUGACAGCGACAGGGUAGAAAUGUUUGAUGAAAAUAGUAAUAUAAUUUAAAUUCUUUUGUUAUUAAUAAUAACUGAACGAAAUUUUUAUUUUGUGUAUAUUUUAAUUUUCUACCUGUAAUUAUUUAUUAUUACUAAUGUAAAUUAGUAGUUACUUUAACGCUUUUGUUUAUUUUUCAUUUUGACCACUCCUAAUAAAUAAAUAAAUAAAAAAUAUUUAAAAUAUAAAAAUAGGUGAAAUCCAUAAAUUAAAUUAAUGAAUUUUUGGUUGCUAACCGUACGCACGGUUGCUUUUACGCCUACAUUGACGCGUAUACAGAU